AUGGCAGGAAAACGUGGAGCAAUUUUUAAUGUAUUUGGAAUACCAAAAUCAAACACGAGUGAUAAUAUUAAUUUAGAAGAAAGCCUAGAGUUAGCUAACGUCUCUCUAAACGGACCUAUUGAUGCCAAAUUUUUGGUAAGCGAGCUCCAAAACCCUUCUUCACUUCCAACACGAGUCAAUCUUGUCAAACAAUUAUGUGGUAUUGUGACGAAAUAUACGUUCUCUAAUGUGACAGAAGUUUGGGUCCCCGUACGGGAUCUAUUAAGUCCUAAUAUGCCGCAGGACGCGCGUCGUGUUGCAUUUCAGUUCAUGAUAUCGUGUAUUCAAGGACAAUAUAAUGAACUAGGGUUAUUACGUGCGAUUUUUUAUGAUUCAAUCAAAGUUCACGAAGUCCCGGAGGAUUUUUCUAUUAAAUUUGAAGCGUUUCGUGAACUGUGUAAAGAUGGCCGGGAUAUUUCGUCAUUUGAGAAAAAUAUCGGGAAACUUUUGUCAGAGUGGAUAAAUCAGACUAUUGAACAAAUGGAGGAAGGUGUGGAUACGUUGACAACAUCUCCGUCGCCGUCCUCAAAGUUGCAGUCUAUUAUAAAUUUGUUGAUCAAUGUUGUAAAAUUCAAUUUUACACAAUUUGAAGAACACGAUAUUGCAAGAUUUGUCAAUGAUAUUGCGACAGUUUGUAAGCAUCUAACAGACAUUCAAUGUUGUCAAAGUUUUUGUGAUGUGGUGGUUCGAUACGGAUACGUGCCAAUAUCUUCCUUAAAUAUAUACGUCAACCUUCUAUGCACCACCAUAAAUCCUAAACCUGUCUUAGAAAAAAGUUGGCACAUCAUGCGUAAUUUGUUGUUAAGUCAUUGUGCGUUCAGCAGUAUCAAGAUUAUGUGUAACAAUUUGGAGAACGCUGAUAAUACGGAAUCUCCUCAUUUACUACGUGGCUCUGUGUUGUUUCUUGGACAGGCGCUUUGGGGACCGGAGGAAGUUGAUAAUCUCAUACAUACAUUCACGACGGCUCUUGCGGCAAUGCGCAAGGCAACCACGUACAGAAUCUGUGAGGUGAAUCGAGAAAUUCUGGUUCAGAUCGGGAAUUUGGUGUUAAAGAACGAGAAAAAGAUUAGUUCCUUGGAAUGGGAGGUUGUUUUGGAUAUUUUGGAGAAUACUCAAUAUCUUGUAUUGGAAAGAGGGGAUUCUAUAAAUGGAGAAAAUCUUUUGUUAGUUGAUACUACAAAUAUUGAAAAUAUUAAUGAAGAAAAUAAUCAAAAUGAUGCAGCAAUAUCUGCGUAUAGUCGAUUGAUAUUUCUGAUACAGUCAUUGCACAUGUCCAAUUCUUUUGAAGGACCAACCUCUCGAUUUAUGUCACUUGUCCAAAAUCUUUGUGGUUAUGUAUCUGAAAACACUCUAUUGAUGCUAUUAGACUACUAUGACGUAGAACACCUACUUUAUCCUUCUUCGUCUGAUUGGAUUGUCAUGUUGUCAGAUGUCACGAAAUCCUUUUUCAACAAUACAAAUUCACCCUCGAAAGUACGACAACGUGUUCUCUCUUUAGUUGUAGAUGUUUAUCAAGCAACUAAAGAUUUUUUCCAGGAUGAAAUUGUAGAACAAGUUAUCAUACCGAUGUUCUCGACUUUUCAAGAAGAACAAAAUUUAAUGGUUUGGCAAAGUCUCAUGAUAUUUCUGAUUGAAGUGUUGAAGGAAGUAUCAGAUCAAUGGAUUAUGCCUCUUCUCCAGAUAUUGUUACAAUGCGCUCUUUCAUGUAAAUGUUAUUCACAAACUGAUCAAAGAAAUUCACAUUUGGAUUCAUGUAAAUCAUUGUCAGCAACAAUUGGGUUAAUUGAGAUUUUUCAGCAUUCACUCUACGAGAUGGAUUAUACAUCACAAAAGAUGAAUGUUUACGCGCAACUAAUGGAUAUCCUGGCAGAUUUUACCGUUCCUUCAACAUCUCGUCUUGUAAUUCUACAAUUGGCGUUGCGAAUGCGUGUUGAUUAUGAUCAUCGUGUGUAUUUUGUGCGCGAUUUAGGAAUUACAACUGGUGCCCAUAUAUUGCAUCGGAAUUCUAAUGAUGGGGAAAAAGUAUCUACAUUAAACUCUGAAAAAAAUCAAAUGAACAAUAGUGGCAGCAGCUCAUCCAACAAUGGAAAACUCGAAAGAAAACCAAGUCGGAAAAAUCGUAUAGAGAGAAAGUCGAGCAUUAAGGAUUUAGCAUCGGCAAUUUUGGAUCGUGAUCGUAAAAAUAUAUCAUCUCAGGACAUUCAAGUCUCUCAGUCUACCACCAUUGAGCGUAAGGAAAAUAAUAAAACGCAUAUUAAAAAUAAAAACAUUGAUGAAGAACCAAUACCUCCCAUACAGCAACGUCUUUGGUGUAUUCCCGAUAAUAUUCCUUUUAAAUUGACCGCUACUCGCCCUUCUCCAUACGUUGUUACUUAUAAAUCAGUCUCAACACCGGCUGAGCAAGUUCAAGUGGAAAUAAUGCCUCAUGAUAAUGAAGCAACAUCCACCACGAAUUCUGAUAAUCAGAAAUAUUGCAUUGUAUUGUCAAUCCAAAUGUAUCUGAACGUUCUAAUUGACAUUCUUGCCAAUGAUCGAGACUGGGAAAUAUUUUCGUAUGUUCUCUGCUAUCUGCCGUUACAAUUAAGCGAAAAACAUGUUUUCUGUGGUGCGACAAAUCAAAUUCUGGCGUUGAAGCAAACUUUGUGUGACAGAAUUUUGACUAAUAGCCUGGUCGACAGAAUUUUCCUUCCGCCGGAAAUCAAAAAAGUGGACAUUUAUAUUAUAGCUUAUCAGACGUUAACGGUAUUAAUUAGCUAUCGAAGUAUAUUUCAAAAGAAACAAAGAGACGAGCUUGUUUUGACGUUUCAUAUUGGCCUGCAGAAAUGGCCACAUGCUGCCAAAUUUUGCUUACAUGCUUUGAAUGUUUGUUGUUAUGAGUUACCGAGGUCAAUGACGAAAUUGCUUGCAGAUAUACUGGCUAAGUUAUCGCAAAUUAUCACGACAGCGACAAUGAGUGUACAUAUUUUGGAAUUUCUUUGUACUCUUGCGCGAAUUCCUGACUUGUACAUCAAUUUUACUGAAGCGGAUUUCAAACGCGUAUUUGGUAUUGCAAUGCAAUAUAUACAAUAUAGCAAAACGUUAUCCGCUUCUUCAAUGACUUCUUCAGCUACAUCUCAAUCUACUACAUCAACCUCGUCUUCUAGUAUUUCAUCUGUAAAUAAUAAUAGUUCACAGCAGGGUACAAAUGCAUUGGUGCAAUAUGAACGUAUUAUGGCUUAUCAUGUGAUUUAUUCUUGGUUCGUAUCUAUCAAACUACCCGAACGACGUAAAUAUGUGCCUUACAUUGUAAGGAAUCUUUUGCUCGGAAAUGAGGCCUCGCAACAGGUCGAUGAACAGACCGAAACAUGUUUUGACAUGCUUGUUCGGUGCUCAUAUGCCAAUUGUGAUCCGAAACCCAGCAAUUCAUUUAUUAGUCAAAUAUUGUUGGAACAGGGUAAAGACAAAGUUAUCUCACGUACCUGGAUACAAGGAAACGCAUUAAUUACGAUGCGUACAAUGAAAUCAUUGGGUUGGGCAGAGAUUAUCAUACGUCGUCCUUCGGCUACAGUGGGAUUUUUGUGUAAACUUGAGAAUCGAAAUAGAUUUGAUGAUAAAGAUUUUGUCAGUUUACCUGCUAUGCUGAUGGCUCAUUACGAUCCGGAUGCACAAGAAAUUACAGUUCCUAUAGUCACUGAACAAUUAACACAAGAUAAGGUGGAAUCAAAAGAAGCAGACAAUAAACCAGGAAAAAAUAAUGAAGAUCAAUCUUUUGAGAAAACAGCAACUAAUAUUGAAGGACUUUCUCUUCCUCAAGAUAUUUUAAAACCUCAUUCCAUCCAAGACGAUAAUUCCUCAUCUCGAAAGAACGAUAAUACUUUACCAGAAAUUCCAAGUACCUAUAAUAAUGCUAAUACUUGUAAUGAAUCACAAGAGAAAUCCACUACUAACGAACCGACAAUUUCAAAUAAAAAACGACUUAUCUUAGAUGAAAUAUUUGCCGAUCCUGCUAAUUCAUCCGAAAAACUUGCAUAUCGAAAAGAUGAUCCUCAUGUUGACCCAAGCUUUUUGUUUUUGCAGUUUUCACCAUAUCCCGACAUAAUAUCCAAGGUUGGACCUCGACCAUUACCUGACGACGAAGCCACACGUCGUGCACUAGACAUUUUCGAUCGUACUGCCGUCGUUGAUUUCCACAAAAUUGGAAUCGUAUAUGUAGCCAAAGGUCAGACCAAAGAAUCAGAAAUACUGGCUAAUAUCCAUGGAUCACCUGAAUACAUCAAAUUCCUGAAUAAUUUGGGAGAAUUGAUUAGACUCAAAGAUAACAAAGAUGUCUAUACAGGUGGUUUAGAUACUCAGACGGAUUCGGACGGGGAAUACUCAUAUUACUGGAAAGAUGAUAUAGUUCAAGUGAUAUUUCAUUGUACCACUCUGAUGCCCACAAAUUUAUCCACCGAUCCACAAUGCAACGGCAAAAAAAGACACAUUGGAAAUGAUUUCGUGCGAAUUAUUUAUAAUGAUUCUGAGAAAGAGUACGCGUUUGACACUAUUCCUGGGCAAUUCAAUUUCAUUAAUAUUGUGAUCUCGCCACUUUCCUACGACCCUUUUCUUCGACAACAGUCAUCAUCACCCUUUACGAAUGGUGCUGGUAGCGAGAUAAAUAAUUUGGAAAUCAACACCUUUUUCAAAGUACAGAUGCAAUGUCUUGCUGAUAUGCCUGAAACCAGCUCAAUCACCGAAUUCAAAAUUGUAUCACUGACUGCGUUACCGGCAUUCGUUCGAAAUAUUGCGUUACAUGCAAAUAUAUUUGCGCAAGUGUUUUUGCAGAGUGGUGGUAAACGCGGGUCGGAAUAUGUUUCUAAUUGGCGGGAACGGCUACGACAGAUCAAAAGAAUAAAAGAGCGUCUUUUGAAUAGUAGUACCAGUCAAAUGGUGCUUCCCAAUACUACACAGGCACCUGUCUCAUCGAUGCAAAGUAAUGUUCAUACUUCUGUUGGCUAUACAAAUAUUUCAUCAACACCAAAUCCUACUGGUAGCAUUGGUGGUGGUCUUCCUAAUAUUGCUGCUUUGACAAUCUCUAGUUCUGCAGAAGAGCAUCAAUUCCAGACGCAUAGCAGCAGC